UUUUAAAAACACUCCACAUAAAAAAUUUCACCUCUCUUAACCUAGAAAUCUAGAAUCACUCUAUACAACAAUUUCCCUCGUGGGUUUUGGGAAUAAAAUAGCGUAUGUAGCGCACACCCAAAAUAUGUAGUAUACGACUUUGAUGGUGAAACCAGAAGACGAAAAUGGCUGACAAUGGUUCCGCCCUAACCACCAACGGAGCAAUGAUAAACAAUGUUUACUGGAAAAUCCAAUACGCUAGAUUCUUCAACUUCCCAAUUACUUCUUCCUCAACUCCUACUUCCUCUUUUCUCCGCCCAAUUUACGCUGGCAGGAAGGAUCGUUUGAAGGGCACUUGGGUUCCUUCUUCUUCUUCCAAUGUCUCUCUUCAUAUUCUUCUCUUUGAUCUUUCUUUUUCUGAACCUACUCUCGUUGUCUCCCUUGGUGAAAGUAUUUAUGAAGAACACUACAUUUCAAAGCUGAAUUUUACGUGGCCACAGGGAUCCGAUGAUUCAGGAUGUGCUCUCAGAGGAAGCAGAGUAAUAUUUGCCAGUUACAGAGAUGGCAUGGGCCAGAUUCAAAAGUUUGUGCUUCGUUUCUCCUCUUCUAAAGAGUCACAGGAAUUCAUGGAGUCAUUAAAGAGUGUGAAGGAACGAAGAAAUUGUUCAAGUUUAUCACUCAGUGUGCUCAAUGAGGGGGUCAAUGAAGAGCAUACGCCACUGCGUCUACCUUCAAUCAACCAGGAACAUGAUCCUUACUCAUGCUCUGAGGGGGUUGACGAAGAGCAUAGGCCACUGCUGCUACCUUCAAUUAUCCAGGAACAUGAUCCUUACUCAUGUUCUGAGGAAGCAGCUCAGGAUCUUGCUGUUGGGAACACUGAUGUUGCAUUGCCUCAGAGCUUUUCUGCACUUCUCGCUGAUUGUUGCACUGAGACUAAUCUAGGAAUACCUCAAGUACCGGCAGAAGAUCUGAACCGCUUCUACAAAGAGGUAUCUUUCAGAUCUUUGACCAUGUCUAUUAUCCAGCUGCUAGAUGCUUCACCAUCUUGCACCUUACAGAAAAGGGGAGCAGACAAAAUCUUAGACAUGUUAGACAUGAUGGAUAGUGUCAUCAUUGAACUGGGAGGAAACUUGGCAAUUUGAGGACCACAUAGAUACUGUUCUAAUUGGACUUGAAGGAGACUUGGCAAAUUAAGGACCAGUUUUAUGUCUCAACCUUCUGUAAGUAGCGAAAUUAUCGGCAAACUCAGGUUUCAACCAUUAUCUCAUAUACUAGCUCCCAAUUUCGAAUGUACAGCAAUCUGAAUCAUUAUAUUCCACUAUAUGCUUUAACUUUUGCUAA